AACCUCCUUUCCGUCCUCAAGGUUCAUCUCUGUCGGAAAACCGCUUUUCCGCCCCUCGAAACCGCAGGAAACCGGUUUUCCGCCUACCCCACCAUAGAAAACCACCUUCUUCUUCUUCCAGGUAGACGGUUUCGUCCACAACCAGCGGUUUCCGUAUAUCUUAUUGACCGCAUUGUUUUCUCACGAAACCGCGUGCUGACGUGAAUACGUUAUUUUAUUAUUUAUUGCCAUUUCGAUCUUGCUUUUUGUGGAAAUUACAAUCUAGGGUUCUUUUAUCCUUCGGAUUUCUGCUCCUACUUUUCGGAAAUUAAGGUUUUGUUUUGUAUUGAUUUUGAAAUCGAGUCUUUUAAAUCGAUUCUGAUUAGGGGUUUUGGGGGAAUUAGGGUUUUCCAGAAGCUAGCAUCGGUGGAAUUUGGGUUGUAGGGGUACUUAUCAAUCAGGAAAUAUUCGUUUCUUGUUAGAAUUCUCAUUAAAAUGGGUUUUUUCUGUACAAUUUCUCUUUCUGAUUCUGGGUGUGUCGUUUUCCGGUGGAAAUUAGGGUUUCGAGGGAGUGAUCGGCGGUAAAAAAAAUCAGGGGAUAUUUGUAAGCUUCGUCUAUGAGCUGGUGGCUUUUGUGUUUCUUAAUCUGAGGUGGGCUUUUUAAGUGUAGUAUCCGAAAUUCAAGUCUAUUGUGGACUUCCAUGUUGGUGGUGUUAGAGGUCUGAAUGUGGUGAUGGGAUUGGUGCUUUUUCGGGGAAUGAAUUUCUGCAAUUCUAAUUCUCUGAUUUUAUUGUUCAUGUGCUCAUGAAGGCCAGGCUUAAGUGAAUGUGUCUGGCUGAGGUGGGUAGAUGAAGAAGAACAGAUUUUGUUUUCCGGUUGUUUUAUUGACUGGAAAAUCUGACUUAUCCCAAAGGAAGUGGGAAUCGAUAUGUGAUUUGUUUCAGUGAAUUAUAUCUGAAAUCUGAACAGUGAUGGCCUCAAGGGUCAGGCCAGUCCUGCUAUUUUUGGUGAUUUGUAUAGCGCUCUAUGGUUCUGCUGUAGCGGAACCUGAGAAGGAAGUCAUACAAAGGAUAAGGACUGCUCCUCGUAGGAACUUAGAAAGUAGUGUUAUAGAUGGUACUGGUACGGAGGCAGCUUUUAGUGGUACUGAAGAUGGUCUCCAUGGUCUUGAUGAGAGGAAAGGUGGAAGUGGUAGAGUUUCUGCGUCCACGGUUGCGUGGUUUACUCUUGCAAUGGCAGCGGCAACAGGGUUGGGUGCAAUACCAUUCUUCUUUGUGGAGCUAGAGCCGCAAUGGGCGGGAGUGUGCAAUGGAAUGGCUGGUGGGGUGAUGUUGGCUGCAAGCUUUGACCUCAUACAGGAAGGGCAGACCUAUGGUAGUGGCAACUGGGUUGUGAUUGGGAUCCUGUCUGGAGGCGUUUUCAUUUGGCUCUGUAAGAAGUUUCUGGAACAAUAUGGGGAAGUAAGCAUGUUGGACAUAAAAGGUGCUGAUGCAAGCAAGGUUAUUCUUGUUAUUGGGAUAAUGACUCUUCAUUCGUUUGGGGAGGGAUCAGGUGUUGGAGUCUCCUUUGCUGGCUCUAAAGGACUUUCUCAAGGCCUUCUAGUAACCUUGGCUAUAGCUGUGCAUAAUAUCCCGGAAGGACUAGCCGUGAGCAUGGUUCUUGCAUCUAGAGGGGUUUCUCCACAGAAGGCAAUGUUGUGGAGCGUGAUUACAUCUCUACCUCAGCCCAUUGUUGCGGUCCCCUCAUUCAUAUGUGCUGAUGCUUUCCACAAGUUCUUGCCUUUCUGCACGGGCUUUGCUGCUGGGUGCAUGAUCUGGAUGGUAAUUGCAGAGGUUCUCCCGGAUGGGUUCAAGGAAGCCUCACCAUCUCAAGUUGCAUCUGCCGCUACGCUUGCUGUCGCAUUCAUGGAAACUCUCAGCACAGUCCUCCAGUCUUUUAGCCAUGGCUACAGCUCCGAGGAUGCUUCGGGCUUCCUUGUUUCCUUACUCUUUGGUCUUGGGCCAUUGCUUGGUGGCUUCAUUCUCGUUGCUUUUGCCCUUUCCUUCUGUUGUCAACACUCCCUCCUAACUGCUCUGGCAUCCGGCAUUGCCUUCGUCCUUGCUGCCUGGCGGCCCCUGCAGCUAUUUUUGUCUUCAAAAAUGGGGUUCCUCACCAUCUCAUUGCUCCUAGCCGCAGGCUCCGUCUUCUACCAUGUGUCAACCUCUGGUAUCUUGAGCCUCGCACGGCGCAAAAAGGUUUCCGUCAAUGACCUUUCAUCGACCACCAGCCUCUCGGUGAGUGCUCUCACGCUCCAGUCAUUCUUAGCAUGCGGGGCCAUUGCCUUGCAUGCUUUGGCGGAGGGGCUUGCGCUCGGCGUAGCUGCGCCGAAAGCCUAUGGCCUAGGCCGCCACAUGGUCCUUCCAGUCUCUCUCCAUGGCCUCCCCCGUGGCGCGGCCGUUGCGAGCUGCAUCUUUGGGGCCACCGACAGUUGGCGCGGAGCCCUUGCCACCGCGGCCCUGACAGGCUUUGCAGGGCCGUCCUCGGCGAUCGGGGCGAUACUUGCAGGCAUCGACUACAGUGGGCUCGACCAUUGGAUGAUCUUUGCAUGUGGGGCGCUGCUCCCGAGCUUUGGUGUCAUUGUCAGGCGUGCUGUGAAGUUGGACCUGCGGAGGAGCAUCUACGGACUCGUGAUCGGGACGGGGUUCGCAUGCGUGUGCCUAACGUGCACCAGGUUGGUUUGUUUGCACACACCUUACUGCAAUUCGGCUCCGGAGGCCGUGACAUGAUGUGGCAAGUUGGUGAGAACCGUUGAGUGCCAAUGCUUGUGGUGGGGUAAGAUCACACCUCUGCUGAAUUUGUAGAGUCAAAAAAAAAAAAGAAAAAAGAAAAAAAAAAGGGAGAGUAUAUUUCAUUGUUCAGUUCUUGAGGAUAUUUGAAAUUUAUAGGAGGAUUUGGCCUAAUUUCGCUGGAAUGAUCAUAGCCGUUGGUUUGAUCUACUAAUGUUAUGAUUUAAAAAAAAGAAACAAAAGAAAAAAAUGGAUCUACUGGUGGGUUGAUCAUGUCUCGGAUCUGGAGGUAAGAGGAUUCGUGGAGCACAUGCUGUUGCGGGCAUGCAUGUGUAACAUCUGGACCGUUAAUCAGGUGGGACUCACUGUGAGGAUGCAAUGUAGUGAAAAUUCGGCAGUCCGCUCGUUAGGUGGGCCGCAUAUGGAGUUGGGUU